CAAAAUCCCGGAAGUUCCGUGUGUAAAUAAUGUCGCAGAGAGACAGUUAAGCAGCCAGCUCUUAUUUGACUUAAAGUGGCUUAUGUGUUUUUUUUCUUUAGUUGACUUAAUAGUUCUUUAGGAAUCAUGAGCAGCUGUAAUUCAAAUAGUAGCUCUGUUUCAGCCUGCUGCUCUUCUCCUCCCGUAUCUGAGCUGUUCAACAUGCUGGACUCGGCUGCAGAGUCCAUGAUGGUCCACAGAGAUUUCCGCACGACUUUUGACACGUGCAGCAAAGGUUUGGAAAAUCUCGCGAGCGCGGACGCUGAAGACGACAGGGGUGCAGAGUUAAAAGAUGCGUUCUGCAUUUUAGGGAUUCAGGCGCUUGCUGAGCAGAAUCAGUGGCGAGAUGUCCUCUCCUGGGUCCUGCAGCAGUAUGAGCACCAGGAAAACAUACCUGCUAAAAUAAUGCAGAUGUGCAUUCUUCUUUACUCCAAAGUGGGUGAACCUGCUGUGAUGCAGGAGGCGACCAGAACUUGGUUACGCUGCUCGUUGAACUGCAAAAUGUUUGGUUUCCGCACCGUGGCAGAGCUCUACCUGCUGCACGUCCUCGUGCCUCUCGAACAUUUCAAAGAAGCACGGGAGCUCGUUUUAGGUGAGGUGGGCUGCACUGUGUUCACAGAGGACCAGAGACAAAUCGCGCUGGAUAUUGUGGAAGAAAAAUCACGGCAGACGGAAGAAUCGUCUUUAAAUCCCAGAAACACUUCAGACUCKGCAGGRYACCCUGCCUCCACUCAAGGUUCUGUAGUACAUAAACUUCAAGCUGUGCUCAGGUUUUUACACAGAAACUGCUUGAUGACCGGCUCUGGCUCAUGCCUUCUCCGGAGGCUCUUUCUAGCAGCUGUUCUUCUCUAUAUGCUUUUCCUCAAAAUGGAUCCAGCUCACCCAUCUUCAUUCAUGUGGAUUUUCAAGCUUCUUGAGCUGAUCAAGCAGAUGUGGAGAGCCAUGUUUGCACCGUAUCAUUAAGCCCCCACUUGAGACAAAAGACUGUCAAAGACACACUAAGUGUAGAAAAAGUAUUAGAUGGACAUCUUGAAACGCACACAUUUUGGUGGGAUGUUUCACCAUCAGAUAUAACUAACUUUUCCAUAAGUUCACAUUAUAAAACUGACCAGUCUUUUAGGUUUUAACAUCAGAAAACACCAUAACACACAGCCGUCGAAGUAACAUCAUCACAGGAAGAGUUGUAUGUUUAUGGAGAUCUUAGUUAAAUUUAGUUGAUUUUUCAACUUGGAGGUUCUAAUGUUUGUCCAUCAUGUUUGUUAAUGAGAUGCAAUUUAAAUUUAAAAUGAUCUGUGUGUAUCAUAAUUGAACUUUGGGAUCAUUAUGAGCCUCUGUUUACGUUUUUUGUGAAUGUGUAAUUACAAAUUCUUAAAGUUUAUUGCUGAGAAAUUGGUAUAAAUGUAUUUUGAUGACAAGAAUA